AUAUAAUUCUAUAAAAUGAGCGAUAUAGGUGUAACAAUUAUCAAAAUUCUAAAUGCAGGAUCAGCGUAUAACUAUUAUGUUAAAUUUAAAAGUAUAGUUUUAGCUUUUGCAGGUGUUUGGAUAAUAAUAAGUUAACUGAUACAUGGUAAUUUUAAUAUUUUUUCAUUUUUGUACCCAUGCUUUUUUAUGUAAAUAUGAAUUCUAAGAAUUAGAUUUUUUGGAUUUUUAUUGGUAGCAAAUGAAAUUAAAUUUGGGAAUGUCUUAAAAGAAUAUGGAUUUUUAAAGACUUUUCUUGGAAGAGGGUUAUUUUACAUUUUGUAAAUAUUUACAUUAUAUUUACAUUUUUAGUUUGUCUAGUUAAGUCUGUUAUGCAUAUUUUUCAAUAGCCUCGAAUCAUGUGUAAUUAAUAAAUUAAUUUAUUUAGGGCAGGUGACAUUUAUGGAACAGUCUUUUUUAUUUUAGGAGUCUUUUAUUUGUUAUUGAAUUUCUAUGUAAUAUAUAUAUUAAUUUUUUUCAUAGCCAAAGGGAUAAUUGGGAAAUAUUUCAAGAGUAUUAUAUUUAUAUGCUAAAUUAGUCUUUGUAAAUGCAAUGAAAAGUUUUUUGAUAUUAUUUAGAUAUAUAAAAUUAAUAAAAUAUUAUAAAUAAUUUAUGUAAUAACUUAAUAAUAAUAAAAAUAUCAGUAUGGAAUCAAAACAACAAUCAAAAAUCAGAUAUUAGUAUUGAACUAUUAAAGUGAAUUUAGAAUUUUAAUUUAGUGCUGUUAAGAUAACACCAAAUGA